AUGGACUUAUUCAGACAGGUCGAAUGGCAGCGCUUUCAUGACCAUCAAGUUGACAUCGCGCUGAUAGGCAUGGGUGCUUUUGUCCUCGUGACCAUUUUAUCUUAUUAUUUUUACAGUCUAGGAAAGCAGCUCACUUUGGACAAACUCGGCAUUCAUCCCUAUCUUCGUUUUGCUUAUGUCAGUUUUUUCAAACCGCAUGAUUCGAAGAAGGAUGGUGGACAACAAUCUGCACUGGAAAGCUUCUAUGCCGCUCAAGCCAACGUGUAUGAUGCAACUAGAAAACGGCUUCUUCAAGGGAGGGAGGAUAUGCUGGAUAUACUAGCCGCCAAGUUGCAAUCUAAAGCUUCCUCUAGAGAGAAUCGCAAACCUGUCUGGUAUGAUGUUGGAGGUGGCACCGGCUACAACAUCGAGAUUAUGGACAAAAUCGUGGGUAUCGAGAGCUAUUUUGAUCAUGUCUUCCUUGUGGAUCUGUCACCCUCUUUAUGCGCGGUUGCCAAUGAGAGAAUUCGUCAACAUGGCUGGAGGAAUGUGACGGUACUGUGCCAGGAUGCUCGUUCAAUCGCCUGUACAGCGGCGUCCGCAGAUCUCAUUACCAUGAGCUAUAGCUUGUCCAUGAUUCCAGACUUUUACAGUGUGGUUGACUUGCUCACGGGAUUUCUUGCCCAAGACGGCUUGGUUGGCAUUUGUGAUUUUUAUGUCCAAAGCAUUGUGGAUGUCUCUUCCAGAAAUUACAUUGGAGGCACUUUCAAUCGUCAUGUCAAUUGGGUCGGUCGCAUGUUCUGGCGCACUUGGUUUGACGCUGAUCGUGUCAACCUUGAUGGUGGUCGACGAGACUAUCUUGAGUAUCGGUUUGGUACAGUCUUGUCAAUAAGCGAACGAAACUAUCUGCUCGGAGGCAUUCCUUACUAUAUCUUUGUUGGAUGCCGGCGAGAUGCAGAUACUCUCGUAGGAGAUGGCCAGAAUACCAUUGAAAAGAUUGAUGCAGCGCUCACAGAAUCGCCCUACCUGUCGCCGAUGAAAUAUCGAGAACAACAAACACUCGACGAACAGCAAGACAUUCCCAGAUCAAAGCUAUACGAAUCAGCCAUCAUCAAUCUCAGUUCCAAUUUGCCACUUCCAGCAGCAUUCUAUCAACAACACCACUGGAGAAUACAUUACAACGAUCUACUUCGGAAACAUCAGCAAUUCGGGAGUGAAUAUAUCUACGCAUUCAAUUGGGAAGAUCCAGCGGUUGACCGACAACUUUUGAAAAUUACGAAGAACGAUGUCAUUCUCACCAUCACCAGCGCUGGUGACAACAUCCUCGACUAUCUCCUUGAACAGCCACGCAGAAUACAUGCCGUUGACCUCAAUCCCAAUCAAAACCAUCUCCUCGAACUCAAAGUCGCCGCGUUCACGGCCUUAUCUCACUCGGACGCAUGGCAAUUAUUCGGUGAAGGCCGUCAUCAAGAUUUCCGUAGUUUACUCCUUCAAAAACUCAGCCCUCACAUGUCAAGUCAAGCCUUCCAGUACUGGUUGAACAAGACGAACGUUUUCACCUCGACUGGCGGACUGUAUGAAAGUGGUGGCUCCAGGCACGCCAUCAAACUGAUUCGUUGGCUGAUUAAGCUAUUUGGCAUGACCACCAAAGUGCAAACUUUUUGCAAGGUCGAGACGUUGAAUGAACAACGCGAAAUCUGGCCGACCAUUCGAAACUUGUUGUUGAGUUGGCCUUUACAUCGUGCCGUUGUCUCGACGGAAUGGUGGGCAUGGAAAGCCGCCGGUGUACCUCCAGCUCAACAUGCGUUGAUCUUGAAUGACUAUACCCAGAGACCAAAAGCGUCGAAAGGAAAGACCAAUCCCAGCGAGGCGAUUUGGCAAUAUGUUGUUGAUACGCUGGAUCCGGUGGUGGAAACCACACAAGUCAGCAGAGACAACUAUUUCUAUUAUGUAUGCUUGCAAGGGAAAUAUUCGAGGAAAUGCCACCCUCGAUAUCUAGGACCCAAAGCACACGCGAAGCUAUCCAAACCUGGUACAUUCGAUGGUCUCCGCAUUCACACAGAUGAGAUCAUGGAGGUCAUUGCUCGAAUCAGCCCUUCUACACUGACUAUUGCAAUUGCCACUGACACUAGCAUUAUCAACCCACAGCUCAUGGACUCAAUGGACUGGUUCAACCCCGCCGAAGAUGCUGCCCAGCAACAAAUCCUCGCAUUGAACAAAGUUCUCAAACUAGGUGGUCGGGUCUUCUUCCGUUCUGCUGCUCUUCGACCUUGGUAUACCGAUAUCUUCGAGAACAACGGCUUUGAAGCCAAAUGUGUUGGUCGUCGAGAUCCAGGGAAAUGUAUCGAUCGUGUCAAUAUGUAG